AUGGUUUCACAGAAGAUAAGUCUGCAUUUAACUCCUCCACAGCCUAUUCAUUUGGAACAUAAGAUCAAGCUCUCAGGGAAUUGCCCAGCUGGGACUACUUGCUAUGAUUUCAUAGUUGAUGUUCCUUCACCAUUACAAAAGGACCUUGCUGCAUACUUGACCAGCACUGAGAGGAACAAAGAAAUUGAUGCUUGUGAUGAAUUAAUAUGUAACUCUAUAAAGAAGAUACACGAGCAUCGUCGGAGGCGGGCUUUCUUCCUUGGUUUAAGUCAGUCUCCAGCAGAAUUUAUUAAUGCUUUAAUUGCUUCUCAAAGCAAAGAUCUGAAGGUUGUUGCUGGAGAUGCUAGCCACAAUGCAGAAAAAGAGCAGCGAUCUGGUUUCUAUAAUCAGCCAUGGGUUGAAGAUGCUGUUAUUCGUUACCUAAAUCGCAAGUCUAUGGGAAGUGAUGCUCCUGGAAGCUCUUGA